AUGGCUUACCGUUACCACAAUGACGCUGACGCUGGCUACGAUGCUCAUGGCGGAUCCAUAGCUCGAAGCCGGGGGUCGCCGCAGACCUCGUCUCAACCUUCCUACUACGCCGACAAUCCACACGCUUCCCCAUCCUCUCAUUCCUCCCAUUCUCCCCAUUCACCUCUCUCUGCCGCUCGUUUACACCCUGCCGCGCAUCCAGAUAGUGCCUAUAGCAAGCUCCGAAAACAGCGACCAGGCGGAUAUCAGGAUUCCCACACAACACCAGUGUCCCCAGUCUCUCCCGUUCACUAUAACUUCCCUAGCCCUACGCCGCCUCCUCACGCCCAGAGAAGACCGGCAGCCUCACGGGACACAGAAUAUACACAGUCCUCACAGACUACAUCGAGAGUCGCUCCAGUAGGAGACAGCUGGGGUGCCGCAGCAGCUGCUGGCGGAAUCGCGGGCACCGCUCUCGGAACAGCGCAUUCGCCAAACGAGCACCAGCGCGGAUUUGACACAAUGCCAGGCGGACAUGAUAGCAUUGGGCAAAACCAAUACUACUACGAAUCGUCUAAACGUGGUGAGAACGGAAAUACAAUGGGUUCAGAUCAUCCUUACACCUCUGCGCCGCAGGACAUGCCCCCAAUGGGCUCUUCUCGAUCUCCAGGCGGACAAGACCCUUACUCGUCAAAUGUCGGCUUAGGUGCUUCCAUGGAUGGCACUGGACAAGUUACCCCAGGCCAAAGAAGCCUGUACUCGAACAGCAAUAAUGGACAUCAACAAUAUAUCCAGUAUGGAGGUGCUGGAGGAUUCUACGAUGACCCUUACCAAAGGUCUCAUCAUAACUCGUGGGGACCUGUAAAUGCCGAACCUAUUAACCCUAAUGAUAUCAUCGAUGACGGGGACGAUGGUUUCAUGCGAAAACCUCAGCGACGAUCGAUGCUAAGCCUUGGUAAAAAUUCCAGUCAUAACAGUCUCCCCGCUGCGGGUGCGGGAGGAGCUGUUGCAGGAGCUGCUGCAGGAAGAGCUCUGGCAAGCCUCCCAGCACGUGUUCAAGGUCAGACUACGGGUGGCCCUGACGGUGGUCCCGAAUAUGAUGCUGUCUCUACUGAGAAGAGUGAAUGGCUAAGUAAUCAGAAACAUGGGAACAAAAUAAUGAAAUGGAUUGUGGGUAUCAUAAUAGCGCUGGUAGUAAUCGGGAUCGUGGGCGGCAUAGUUGGCGGUAUUUUGGGUUCUCGAAACAGAAACUCGGGCGGCAGGGGUGGACAGUCCAGCGACGACGACCUGGCGACGCACGGGGACCUUAACAAAGAUUCACCGGAAAUCAAGGAGCUAAUGGCAAUGGAGGGCUUGUACAAGGUUUUUCCAGGCAUGGAUUAUACCCCUGGGGCACGCAAUACCCGCUAUGCCUCACUUACCCUCCUAGUCAAAACAACGUCACUCGCGACAUGGCGGUUCUCUCCAUGCUGA